CACACAGGUACGGAGGGGACACAGUUCACCAACCUACACUUGGCUGGUGAAGCCCCAUAAAGCCUCAACUCUACAUGUGUCUGGAACCUGUCAGUCACCCCAGCAGACAAUCCUGAGUAACUGUCGAUUCAUCAGAAAACACUAUUGAUGUAGAAAGCGCCACUGGAGAGGUCUGACAGAGCAUCCCUCAACAGAUUCAGGCAGGAGAACAAAGCAUCUUAGAAACAAAUAGGCCAUACAUCCUUCAUUACCUGACCUUCAGUGGACUCCUCCAGGGACGUGGCACUUGCCAUGGCAACCACUGACACAAGCAACAAUGUGAGGCAUCGUGACACCUCAGCAUCCCAGAAAGACCACCCGACAGAAAACGGAUUAUCAACACCUGAGGUGAAACCCGCCAAGCUCCAGGAGGAUGAUCUAAGACUCUGGAGGAAGCAUGUGGAGCGAGUGAAAGCUGGUGUUCUUGAGGAGGUUCAGGAUCAACUCAGCGGCCUGCUGGACAAGGCCAUAACAGAGUCAGUGGAGUCCUUCUCCCAACAUGCCAACUCAACUGUGGAUGGGCCCAAGACCGCCGCCCGAACACACAAGCCAGAGGAUGGGAAAGUCUUCAUCGCCAGGCAGUCCUUACUAGAUGAGCUCUUCGAGAUCAGCCACAUCAGGACCAUAUACCACAUGUUCAUCGCUGCCCUCUUCCUCUUCAUAUUUAGCACCAUCGCAGUGGACUUCAUCGACCAGGGCAGACUGCGGCUUGAGUUUGACCUCUUCUUCUACGCUUUUGGGAAGCUGUCAGUUGUGGCAUCUUCCUGGCUCUUAAUGUUCAGCUACACGCUGCUGGGGCCGUACUUUGCCCUGUCUGUGUGGGGAGAACUGUACCACAGCAGUGGAUGGAAGACGCUGGUGUCCGUCGCAGCAGGGCUGCUGCUGGGAGUGGUGGAGGUUGCAGUGUUGCUUGCCUUCCCCAUCUAUGUGAUCUUACACCACCAGCUCCCUCCAGCCUCCAGAUUUAUCAUCGCCCUUGAGCAGAUCAGAUUCCUUAUGAAGAGCUACUCUUUCAUCCGGGAGACGGUUCCGUCUGUCAUCCAGAACAAGCCUAACGAAGGAUGUCCUCCAAAAAUACCCACACUUUCCAGUUACCUCUACUUCCUGUUUGCUCCAACUCUAAUCUACAGGGAGUCUUACCCCAGAAACCCCUACAUUAGGUGGAACUACAUUGGAUUAAAUUUGAUGAAGAUUAUGGGCAGUAUUUUCUACUUGAAUUUUAUCCUUGUGCGACUGUGCAUCCCUGUGUUUACGAAUGAGAGCAACAGGCCCUUCAACACUAAGACAUUAGUGCUUGGCGUGUUUCAUGCCACAUUGCCAGGCAUGUUGAUGAUGCUGCUCGGGUUCUAUGCUUUCCUGCACUGCUGGCUCAAUACCUUUGCAGAGUUGCUGCGAUUUGCUGACCGAAUGUUCUAUAAGGACUGGUGGAACUCAACCUCUUUCGCGAACUACUAUCGCACCUGGAACAUAGUGGUGCAUGACUGGCUCUACUAUUACAGCUACAGAGACAUCCUCGUGCUGUCCAAGCGAAAGUUCCGUUGUGCAGCCACGAUGAGUGUGUUUGCGAUCUCUGCAGUGGUGCACGAGUACGCCCUGACCAUGUGUUUCGGCUUCUUUUACCCCGUCAUGUUCUUCACAUUCGCAUUUAUUGGAGGGCUAUUCAGUUUGGCCAUUAAUGACAAACGCAAGAGUCACGUCUGGAACAUCAUUAUGUGGAUGAGUCUUAUGUUUGGCCAAGGGAUUCACGUGUGCUUGUACUGCAUGGAGUGGUAUGCCCAAAUCCACUGUCCCCGAACUGGGACUAGCUUCUGGGAACUGGUGACACCAAGAUCCUGGUUUUGUGACUACAAGUAAAUCCAAAUGAGGAUCCUCUGAUGAAUGAAAGCUUCAACCAGCCAAAUGUCAUCACUACACAUCUGUUUUGCUCUGCCUUAUCUAUCUAUCUGUAUUUGUAUCUGUAUCUGUAUCUGUAUCUGUUUAUAUAUAUAUUUGAACCUUUGGACAAUUCUUGAAUAAUUUAAAUAUGUAUGGUUCAAUUGUACAUAGUCUAUUUGGGAGAUGUAUAUUAUUAAGUUUGUUUUCUUUAAGUGUACGCAUUUGUUCAGAUAUCAAUAAAGCAAUCAACAUAACAAUACAAUAUUCUUUAAGGUAGCCUAGUGUGGUAGGCUACUGAUAAUAAAUGCAUGCAUACGGUAUAACGAAGUAAGUUCUUUACCAGUUGAGAGGCUCUAUGUCAAAGUAAAGUGCAUACAAAAGCAA